GCCGCUCGGAGGGGUGAAUAAGUGUCUUGCUGAAAACGUAUCUACUCGCCGUUCCCAAUUCUUUACACCACGGAGAUCUUCAGGACUGGUGUAUACACCAUGGAAAACAUUAAGAAAGGACUUUAGGCGAUUAUUUGGUGAUCGGUUCUCAUUCUGUGGCUGCCCUGCUUGUGAGGUUUGUUGAGGCGCACUGCCACCUGUUGAUGCGGCUCGAAAAAACAAAUGUACUUCAAGCUUGAAUUGCUCGUAAGGAUUCUCUGAACACAAAGCAAUGUGGAGGAAAUAAGGAUCGUGCUGCCCUUGAACUUCAGAUCAUAGAGGAUGGGCUGUGUUCAAUGUAAGGACAAAGAGGCAGCUAAGUUAACAGAGGACCGGGACACCAGCUUGUCUCAGAGUGGAGUGGGUAAUCGGUAUGGCGUCGAACCCACGCCACAACACUACCCCGGUUUCGGUGGGGUCACUGGGGUCACCGCUAUUCCCAACUACAACAACUUCCACAGCGCUGGGGUCACGCAGGGUGUGACGGUCUUCGGAGGGGUCAACACAUCAACACACCAAGGAACACUCCGUGCACGAGGAGGCACAGGUAUAACUCUGUUUGUUGCUCUCUAUGACUACGAGGCUCGUAGUGAAGAUGAUCUCAGCUUUAGAAAAGGAGAGAGAUUUCAAAUCAUCAACAGCAGUGAGGGUGACUGGUGGGACGUGCGCUCUCUCACUACAGGAGGGACCGGCUACAUUCCCAGCAAUUAUGUCGCCCCAAUGGACUCCAUCCAGGCCGAGGAUUGGUAUUUUGGUAAGUUGGGCCGUAAGGAUGCAGAAAGACAACUUCUGUCCACAGGAAACCCGCGUGGCACCUAUCUGAUCCGUGAGAGCGAAACCACUAAAGGUGCCUUCUCUUUGUCUAUCCGCGACUGGGACGAUGUGAAGGGGGACCAUGUGAAGCACUAUAAAAUCCGUAAACUGGACAGUGGAGGAUAUUACAUCACCACCAGAGCUCAGUUUGACACUCUUCAACAGCUGGUCCAGCAUUAUUCGGAGCGGGCAGCGGGGCUUUGCUGUCGCUUGGUCGUCCCUUGCCACAAAGGGAUGCCGAGGCUCACUGACCUGUCUGUCAAAACCAAAGACGUGUGGGAAAUCCCACGGGAGUCACUGCAGCUCAUAAAGCGCUUGGGCAACGGCCAGUUCGGGGAGGUGUGGAUGGGAACAUGGAAUGGUAACACUAAAGUGGCGGUAAAGACCCUCAAACCUGGCACCAUGUCUCCAGAGUCCUUCCUUGAGGAGGCACAGAUCAUGAAGAAACUACGACAUGAUAAACUCGUGCAGCUCUACGCCGUGGUUUCAGAAGAGCCCAUCUACAUCGUCACUGAGUACAUGGGCAAAGGGAGUCUUCUAGAUUUCCUGAAGGAUGGGGAGGGACGGGGGCUCAAACUGCCCAACCUCGUCGACAUGGCUGCCCAGGUGGCUGCAGGCAUGGCCUACAUCGAGAGAAUGAACUAUAUUCACAGAGAUUUGCGCUCUGCUAACAUUCUGGUGGGUGAUAACCUAGUGUGCAAGAUUGCUGACUUUGGCCUUGCCAGACUCAUUGAGGACAAUGAGUACACUGCACGACAAGGGGCUAAAUUCCCCAUUAAGUGGACAGCACCAGAGGCAGCUCUGUACGGGAAGUUCACCAUUAAAUCUGAUGUUUGGUCGUUUGGAAUCCUGCUUACGGAACUGGCGACUAAAGGCAGAGUGCCAUAUCCAGGCAUGAAUAACAGGGAGGUGCUGGAACAAGUGGAACGUGGCUACCGGAUGCCGAGUCCUCAAGACUGUCCAAGCUCUCUACACGAGCUGAUGCUUCUGUGCUGGAAGACAGAUCCCGAAGAUCGACCAACUUUCGAGUACCUGCAGGCCUUCCUUGAGGAUUAUUUCACUGCGACAGAACCUCAAUAUCAGCCCGGAGAGAACCUAUAAACACUCAGCACCCUGAUCUCGCCCAUGAGUCUCAAACACCACCUCACGCCACCCUCCUGUCUGGAGGAAUGUACAGCUAUACAAAAACUGCUUGUUACUCUCACUGUGGUCUCACGCCUGAAGACUGAACCACUUGCACAGACUUUGCAACCUGACGGGUGUAUACGAGCUGGGAUUGUGGGCAAUGUUGGGCAGGUAAUGUUCAGGGUUUUGACCAUAACCAUUAUAAUGAUAUGAAUUGCCUGUAUUAAGUGUAAAUAUGAGAUGCUUGUUUAUGGUAUAUUUUUGGUUCGUUUUCAGUCAUGUUUUGUUUCUUACCCCCUGCUCAUCUUUUUAGUUUUGCUUUGCAAAGUAGCAAUUAUUGUCGCAUUAAAGAAGCGGACGUAUGUGAAGCGUGAACCUCUACGAAGGGUUUUGCUAUCUACCGAUGCGUCGAACGCUGUUCAUUUGGGACUUGAGAAUGUAUAUGUUUUAUUUGUUCUUAACUCUGCCGGUGAGAUCGUGCUCUAGACAGAAGAAUAAAGCUUCAGAGUGUUUUUAUGAUUCUAGUGAUUUUAAAAUGGCUGCAGACUCAACCUGCAAGAAUUUGAUUCCUAAGAUUUUUGUUUAAUUUAUUUUUUCUUUUGCAAUGCUUAAAGAAAUAGUUCACACAAAAAUUUAAAUUCUCUAACUAUUGACUCACCCUUAUGCCAUCCAAGAUGUGAAUGACUAUCUUUCAUCUGCUGAACUCUAAUGAAGAUUAUUAGAAGAAUUUCUCAGCUCUUUUGGUGCAUACAAUGUGAGUAAAUGAGAGAAUUUCCAUUUCUGAACUAUCCCUCUAAGAUGCUCAAUUAAGGUUGUGUUGACAUCUGUAAAAACUGUUGUACUAUCCAAAGUACUAGCUGUUAUCCUAAUGUAAUAACACAAGUUACUUUACAAAUGAUGUACAUUACAGUUUUGUAUUUGCUGCCAAAUGUUAAGGACUACUAUUUUUCAGCAUACCUCCACUUGCUCACUUACUUGAUGAAACAAGUCCCAUUUACAGCUUUUUAUCAAUAUUGUACCAUUGGAACAUCAGUGUUUUUCUCGUUUUAAAGGUUUAAACAUUUCCCCUAACUAUGUUUCCCCAUACUUAGGCUGUGUCUGAAACCUGAAAAGUGCAGCCUUCCUAGGCAGUAUACGGAGGUAGGCGUCAAAGAACAUCCGAAUUCAAUGUUUGCGUAACAUUCUGUCUUCUAAGUCUUGAAACAAACUCUUCGAAAGUAUGACAAGCGCAGAUGUUUUUAGCUGCACAGGCUCGAUUUUGUGUGCCAUUGCAUUCUGAAAUGUGCUAGACUUUUUAGUUUCAGAAUUAUUUUUAUUUUUUAUUUUUUAUUUAUUUUUUUAUAGGGACUUAAUAAAAUCCUUCAUAAGAUUUCUAAGCCAUGAAACAAAUCUACCUUCUCCGAGAUGAAUCACAACAUUACAAACUUUUGAAUUUGAAGCAAAAAAAAUAAGGAAAUGAAAAUCACAAUAUGUACUUACCGUAUUUCAUAUAUAAACAGUAUAUUUAAAUUGUAUUGCAAAAUGUACAGAUACAAAUAUAUAAGUAGUUUGAGAGUGUAGGGAAACUGCCUUGAUUGCAUUAUUAGCUGUGCUUCAUCUGAGUUGGCAGUCACCGCAGGGCUUGUUUGGUGCACUUUGUUUGCCGCGACUCUGAUUCUGCUAUUAAAUAUGAUUUUUAAAAGUGAACAUGAAAAAACUGAUAGCUUCAACAGAAGCAUAUACCAUCGGUUAACAACUUCGGAGCCCAUGGUAGGUCUGUAUUUAAAGGUUUUUUUUAGUUAUUUUUAAAAAUCCAUUCGCCAGUGGAGAAAAUAAAUGGGAUUUUUAUUUCCAAAACCAGACUGAUCUAUUCAUAACGCAAGUACAGCAUUGCCUGUGAUAUCCCAAAAUCCCGUUUGUGCAGUUAGGCGGUUGGAUGAAAGAAUACAAAUCGAGUGGAGUGCUUGAAAAGUAAAUUAACUUAUAAAUGUAAAAAAAAAAAUCCAAAUUAUGAUUGUAUUUCUACAGAGAAAUAAGCAUAGUAGUCAUUAAGUAUUUGCUUGGUAACCUCAAAAGCCCACUUGAAUUUCUUCUAGAUCAUUAGACAUGAUGAGACAGUGCCUUCGAGGUCUGAAAUCAGUUUCUUUAGGAGGUACCUGUACCUUUAUGCAAAAACACUGUCAUUGACUAACAGGGCAGUGUCUGAGCAAGGCAGCUGCCUUCGGUUUCGGACUCACUUUUAGUGACACUCAGACAGCUAUUCCGAAAUGGUCACUUGAGUUUCUGUUUGCUCCAUGUGAAGGAGGGAGAAUCGGGUUCUAUUGCCCCUCAGGGGUUGCCACGACAACCAGUCCAUAUCCUCACGCACCUCUGUAUUCUUAUUCUGUUGAUUUUGUCCUCAAUGGAGGAUACUUCGUCUUACUUUUUUUUUUUUUUUCAUGUAUUUUAUUUAACCUGUUUUGAUUUACAAGGGAACAUUGCAAAGUAGCAUUUUCCCUUGUUGGUUUGCGCAGUGCCCAUCAUAAUGUCUUUCAAAUCACGUCUUUUCACAUUGUUUAUUGAGUUAUGUGUUAGUUUAACAGUACUGUGUCAGUAACAGCUUCAAAAUGAUCUUUUCCAUUCCCAUUUUUUUAACAGGCCAUUUUGUUAACUCAUUUCCCAUUUGGAAAUAAAAAGUACAGUAUUUUA